AUCGCUGAGGGGGAAAAACACAAUAGAAAAGAAAACAUAUCUUUGGAAUCCUCUGGAUCGUGGUAUGCGCUGUGUUGUUCCCCUUUUGAUCGUAGCACGUUAGCUAGCAUACAAAUUCUGGCGUUUUGUGAAAAGGUGGGUCGAAAGUUCAGAAGGUAAACGUGUUUCCUUGAGCGUUUCUUGGGUAACCCGCGCGCUUGUAGUCGAACAUAUUAAACGGCGCGCCGACGACUCAAACGGCGCCGAUGUAUCAUGGAUUCGAAGAGACAUGAGAACAAGCGACGCAAGGAAAAGGAGAACUCCAGCAAGGACUCCGAAUCCAAGGGCGAAAAAAGGAGGGUGCUGAGGCACGAGUGGAGCCAGACGCGUUCGGAAGUCAGUGCCACCCUGGACGUCGGUUUUCCUGUCGACUCCAACCAGGUGACCCUCAAGUGCACCGACGCGGAAUGCUCAAUCACCCUGCCAGAUGGCCGCCACUGGGACUGUGAACUCUUUGCGCCGGUGGUGGGCGAGUACACCAGCCUGAUCCACAAGCCCAAGAAGGUGGUGGUGAAGAUGGUGAAGAAGGAUCCCUCCAUCAACUGGUGCCAGCUUGAGAAGUCGGACGAGCCUUUGCGGCCAGACGUACCCACCCAAGAUGACAAGGAGGAGAAUCCGACAACGGAGCUCACGAACCCAAAGUAUGACUACUACGAGAGUGGGGCAAACGGUGACACGGUUACGGUGACCUUGUUCGUCAAGAGCAUUUCCAAGGAAACGCUCAAUGUCGAGUUCCACGAUGCAGGGUUCUCCGUGCGGUUCCGUACCAAGAACACCAACUCCGAGUUUCUGGAGCUGCACAAAGCGACGGAAGAGACAACCUUCGUGUGGCGCGUCAACGUAAAGGAGCCAAUCAGAGCAGCGGAGUGUCGUCACCGACUGAGCCCGUGCAAGCUGGAGCUGAUACUCAAGAAGGUGGUUCCGGCGAAAUGGUCAUGUCUCGAGCUUCCCGUCAAGAAAGAGCCCAUGGCCGCUCCAAGCAACACCUGGAUGCCGGUGUCGCGGAGUGCGUCGCUUGCCGCUCCGCCGCCGGAGGCGUCGACUCCGAUUCCGCUGGCGGCAGCUCCUGAGAGGGCUGGCUGCUCCGAGCCCCCUACGUUGGACUCCAGUGCUGGGGACGCAAGCUCGCUGCACGCGCCGACGUUGAAGCAAGAGGAGGCUAAGAAGAAGACCUAUGUGGUGCCAACCCAGAGGACACCUCCGGACGGGGGUGCCGAGAGGUCGCCGGCGGUCCUGGAGCCCGAGGUGGCGCUGGGCUACACAGGCCUGGACAACCUGGGCAACACCUGCUUCAUGAACAGUGUGCUUCAGUGCCUUGCCAACACCAGAGAGUUCCGGGACUACUUCCUCGGUGGCGUCUUUCAAGGGGAGAUCAACACGGAAAACCCGCUGGGCAUGCGCGGGGAGCUGGCGGUGGCCUUUGCGGUGCUGCUUCGCUGGCUGUGGUCCGGGGCGCAGCGGUCUUACGCCCCCUCACGCCUCAAGAGCCUCAUCAGCGUCAAGGCUCCGCAGUUCACCGGCUUUGCCCAACACGACGCGCAAGAGUUCAUGGCCUUCUUGCUGGACGGCUUGCACGAGGAUCUGAACCGGAUUCACAACAAGCCUUACGUGGAAAGCGUGGACUCUGCCAACCGACCGGACGAGGUGGUUGCCGAAGAAUCGUGGAGUCGCUACAAGCUACGCAACGACUCCAUAGUGGUAGACCUGUUCCAGGGACAGUACAAGUCAACGGUCAUCUGCCCCGAGUGCCAAAAGGUGUCCAUCAACUUUGACCCGUUCCUCUACCUGUCGGUGCCCCUCCCAAAGAAGCAGAAAAUCUUUGUGGUGCACUUUUACCGCUGGGAUCCCGACCAAGUUCCCAUCAAGCUUUGCCUGAGGCUAAACCAAGAUGCCAGAGUGGAGGAUCUGAAGGACGAGAUCUUUAAGAAGACUCAUGUCUUACCCAAGAAUCUAAGGGUGCUCGAAGUUUACAACCGGAAAAUCUACAAGGUGUUCAACAGAGACGACGACAGCCUGAUGGACAUCACGCCCAAGGAUCUCAUUUUUGCGUUUGAAAUUUUGGACAGGGACAAAGCUCGCGAGAAGGUCAUCGAGGUCGCAGUCGUGCAGCGGCUACUCAUGCCUCACGCGGCAACCACGUGCGCGUCGUGUGGCGUGGCAAAGUUGGAAGCGCUCAAGCGCUGCACGCGGUGUCUCCGCGUCGGCUACUGCAACCGGACGUGCCAGACGAACCACUGGCAUCAGCACAAGAGCGUCUGCAAGUUUGUGCCCGAGCUGAUCGGGCUCCCGUUUGUGCUGAGCUUGCCCCAGUCUCAGGCCACCUAUGCCAACCUCUGCAGGCUCAUGGAGGCUUACUCUAGGCACUCUGUCAACGUGUUCCAACCGCCGGUGAAGUCGAACAAGUGUGCCCUGGAUGCAGCCGCCGGAACCCCGCCUGGAAGCGUCGAGCCUUUGGAGGCCGAGCUGGACGAGGCCGAAGGUUUGGAUCCCGGCAGCAACGAGGGGGGUCCAAUGUUUGGCGUCACGAGCGUGGUUCCUUACGCCGAGAGCUGUCCCAGCAAGGUCGACUUUGUGUUCGAGGACAGAGGCAACGAGCCUCUGGAUCUGUCUCGAGUGUACUACCUGGCAAUGGACUGGAGGAACAACCAGCGCCAGGGAAGCUACGUUCUCGUCGAAUCCAAAGAAGUGGAUUAUGCAACCAUGGACGACGACUGCAACCUGCCUUUUUCCGAGGAAGAUGGCAUCAGCCUGGACCAGUGCCUGACGUUGUUCACGGAGCCCGAAGUGCUGAGUCCGCAGGAGGCCUGGUACUGCCCGGGCUGCAAGGAGCACCGUCAGGCCACCAAGGAGCUGUCCCUGUGGCGCCUGCCCCCCGUGCUCAUCAUCCAGCUCAAGCGCUUCUCCUUCACACGCUCCAUCUUCAGGGACAAGAUUGACAAGAUGGUGGACUUCCCCAUCAACGGCCUGGACGUCAGCCCCUACUACUGUGGUCCUGCGUGCGAGUCUGGUGGACCCCAGCCGGUGUACGACCUAUUCGCAGUGAUCAACCACCACGGCGGCAUGCUGGGAGGACACUACACCGCUUUCGGCCGGUGCACCGACGCGACGGACACCCGCCUCAGUGAGGUCGGCUGGCGGCUGUUCGACGACAGCCGCGUUAACGCCGUCUCAGACGUGCGCGUGGCAACGUCUGCUGCGUACAUGCUCUUCUACCGGCGCAGGAAUACGCCAUUCGAACUCUCGUCAUGUGGCGCGUCAAUGUGGCGGCCGAAAGCCGCGACCGCGCCUUCGCAGAAGCUCCUCAAGGACCGGGAGAACCUGUUGGACCAGGAGUUUUCGGCACAGAACGACGCGAACAACAACCGGUGCCACUACGGCGUCGCGACACCGGAUGACGCGUCAGUCGACAUGGACUCUCCGGACUGACGCGGACGCAGCGGCGGCGGCGGCGGCGACGACGACGACAAGGAGGAGCUUCAUCAGUUGCAUCGGGGGGCGUGACGAUUCGUUAGGACUGCGGUUUGGGUACAGUGCCUAGAACGCGUCUCCGACUGGUGUCAUCUUUCCAUUUCCGUUUGACUAUGCCGUAGAGUCAUCAUGGCCGCGAUUGCGAUGUCCGGCAGGGUAGCGCUCUGGUAUUUGCGACAUUAUUUGUUGCCGUUUUGAGACCACUUUCGAAAUGGGAUGCUAAACACACCGGUCGGAGACCCGUUCCACGCAUUGUAGUUUGGCCGAGUUGGUUGUUCGUACAUCCGGCGUUACGGCGCACAAAAGCAGACACAAUUUUGCGCAGGCACGGUGCAGUCCAGGCUGCACAAGUAUCUCCCUUUGUGCGUGCCCGUGCGAACCGUGCGUCUGCUUUGGUACGCCGCAACGUCGGAGGUAACAAUUUGCCUUUGCGUCACCCAGGGUUUGUCGUUUUUGGGGGUUCGAGAGCGACAUUCAGUGGCGUUGCCCGAUCUUAACUUUCGAGGUAUCCGCUUGCUUUUUGAGUUCGCGAGAAAAGGAAUUGUCGAUUUUCGACGUACAAAGGCAGUUACCUUUUUUCUUUAUCGCUCCCCCUCUAUCCAACAAGCAACACCUGCGUAGGAGUUUACAAGACUUGCUGUGUUUUUGGAUUUUGAACGAGUCUGAGCAGUCAUUUUUAUUAGAUUGAAGGAAUUCUUUGUUGGAGGAGGCGGUUGCGACUCUUUUGAGAUUACACGAAACAGUAUCGUCGUCUGGAACGUCGUCUCCCUCUCUGCCUGUCGAAACUCGCUAAAGGAGGGCAAUAUCCCGUCGCGCGGCAGCAACUGGUACCUCCGGACGCAAGAACCCAAACUGGCCCGGCUGGCAAAAGGUGGCGCUGCUUGUUCUAAAGCAAAGACGAGAAAGUAGACAGAGCGAAUAGGUAGUAUACUAUGCCUCUACUAAACGUAGGCGAUGAGCAUUCCCGUCCUACUACCUAGUGUAAUUAAAAACUUUAAUUGUGUUCUUUGACUAGGUAGUAGUAAAUAUGUUUAUAGGAAAGAUGAAGUGCUUAUGUUAUUGCCUCUUGUUUUGAAUUGUCUGGCAAGACAGGGAAAGGCGACGGGGAAGGGGGGGGGGGGGGGGGGGAUGGUGUUGGAACGUUUUAUUUACAUAAAAAUGAAAUUAGCCGUCGUCUCGCUCGACUGUAGCCAUUUGAGACUGUGAGGGGAGAUGCACCUUUUGCAACUAGCAGCGCCAUCUUUUGGCUGUCGACUUGGUUUGUUUUUGUUUGAUUUCCCGACGACUACUACUUAUGGACGUAAAAAGCGUGUAGGUUCCAAACGUUUAUUGGCAAACGAAACCUGCGUAGGAUUUGGUGUCUAGGCGUUUAGUGAAAAAACAAGACCGAACAUACCUACGUCGCUCGCCACGUUUUUUAGGUUUUGAGCAAGUCUGAGCAGUCGCAUUUAGAGGAAUCCUUUGUUAAAGGAAACAGUUGUGACUUUACAGAUUGGGGCUCUUCAGUUUUGGGAUAGUCUUUUAGGUUUGCACUGCUGAUGUAGGGGAGUGUUGUAUGUGGCACAUGUGAACACUAGUGAUGGAUCCCAAUCCGUUCCGAAGUUGCUCUACGUCACGGGCACAGUAUUAAAGUGGCCGAACUCCUAGUCCGACAAAGCAUUACGUUGUCAGUGCAACAAGCUGCAUUCUUCCAAACUAAUUUAGCUCAAGCAUGCGACGUCAGUUUAGCAAACAUUUCUGUUCAGGUUCCUCCGUGGCUUGUGCAUUUGAGACGUUCUUCGUGGUCGGGCAUUCUAAAAACUUAAGUUGAUUCAAGUUUGUGUGUAAACCAGAGCAUUGAGCACGGCCCACUUUAAUUCUUUGCAGGCAAUUCGUCUCUCACACUUCGUCACAUCCUUGAGAACUAGCCGAACACCACCGCCGUCAUUAAAGCCCACAAAAUCGAUGCCUAGCUAUAUGUAUCUAGUGCAUAAAGAGCUUUGCAUGCAUUGUGUUGCUGCAAUUGCCUGUGACCUAGUUUCCUGAGAAGGAAUGAUAGAAAAUUUAAUAAAAGUAAGCCUGUUUCCUGUUUUGUAUCACGUCGGAAGCUGAAUACCGUUCCUCUAGAAAGGUACCAAAUUUCACCAUUUUGUCAGUAUAAGCAGAUCGUCUUUCACAUUGCCUCGAUCCAUGCCUUGCAGGCCUUUUUGCAUCGACGACGUUCCCGGAUGCACGCUUUAAUCAAGCGCACAGCAAUGCAAACGCGUUUACAUAUGUAUAUACGCUACUACUGAGACACCACUAUUGGUGCUGUAAAUAAACGACGUAUAAAAA